GAUGAUGUGACGAUGAAGAUGGUAAUGAAGUAGUUGCGCAGUUUGAACACUAACACCAACGUUCUUCUUGUAAUUUCCGCCUUCAAAAACUAUCUAUAUUGGUAUCAUAUGCAAGCUCUGAUUCACCAUUCUCAUUCCUAUUCCCUCUUCCUUCGCCACGCUUCUUCUACUUCUCUCUCUGCAAUGUCUUCUUCUCUCAUUCUUCCUUCCGCUCCCUUCCUCGCCCCUUCUUCCUCCAAUGGAAGAGCCACCCUCCCUCUCACUCGAUCUAGGGUUUCCAUGAGCAGUGUUUCCACCGGAUCUCAGCCUUCCGUUCAACAAACUCUGUUCGCCGAUUACAAACCCUCUACUUCGUUCCUCUUCCCCGGUCAGGGUGCUCAAGCUGUUGGAAUGGGGAAGGAAGCCCAGAAUGUGCCUGCUGCUGCCCUUUUGUUCAGCAAGGCCAAUGACAUAUUGGGGUUUGAUCUUCUUGAUAUAUGCAUCAACGGGCCAAAAGAAAAACUAGAUUCGACUGUUAUUAGCCAGCCUGCAAUUUAUGUCACAAGUCUUGCUGCUGUAGAGCUACUUCGUGCACGUGAAGGUGGUCAGCAGAUUAUCGACUCUGUGGAUGUUACAUGUGGUUUAAGCUUGGGAGAAUAUACUGCUCUGGCAUUUGCUGGGUCUUUCAGCUUUGAAGAUGGACUUAAAUUGGUCAAACUGAGGGGUGAGGCCAUGCAGGAUGCCGCCGAUGCUGCUAAAAGUGCCAUGGUUAGUGUGAUAGGACUGGACUCGGAGAAGGUCCAACAAUUGUGCGAUGCAGCCAAUGAGGAAGUUUCUGAAGCUGAGAAGGUUCAGAUUGCCAAUUACCUGUGUCCAGGAAACUACGCUGUCUCUGGAGGAUUAAAAGGAAUUGAAGUGGUGGAAUCCAAGGCAAAGUCUUUCAAGGCUAGAAUGAUAGUUCGCCUAGCUGUUGCUGGUGCUUUCCACACUAGUUUUAUGGAACCAGCUGUGUCAAGAUUGGAAGCAGCAUUGGCUGCAACAGAAAUCAGAACCCCAAGAAUACCAGUCAUCUCCAAUGUGAAUGCGCAGCCGCAUACGGAUCCUGUCACAAUAAAGAAGACAUUGGCACGUCAGGUUACGUCACCGGUUCAGUGGGAAACAACAGUGAAGACCCUUCUAACCAAGGGUCUGAAGAAAAGCUAUGAACUAGGACCCGGAAAGGUUAUUAGCGGAAUUGUCAAAAGAAUGGACAAAGGCACGGAUAUUGAAAAUAUUGGUGCUUAAGAAGGCAAUAGGAACUUGCUCCUUCUGCUUCCCAUGAACAAAGUAACAUAUAACAUUUUUUACUAGAGAAAAUGUGCGUGGGCUGAAUCAAGAGAUCGAUUACAUGGAUCAUGAACUUCUGUUAGCAAGGAGCAGCUACAGUCACAUUUGAAGUUUUGAAGUUGAAUUAUAAUUCUCAUAUUGACAUUAUUAUGAACAAGUCAGAUAAAGUGAUUGUACUCGGCUUUAGAAACAUUCAUUUCUUGUAAUCUUAUAAAACGUAUCUCGGAGUUAAUUGAGUUUUGUGCUUUUCAGCCUUUACGUGGCUUAAUAGUCAAUAGAAGAAACGAUACUCUUA